GUGUAUUUAGUCUCACCCUAGAUUUCGGAGAAGAUUCUGAUUCUUCCACGCUUUCAGUCUCCCAACAAAUGGCUGAUGCCGCCGGGAUUGAACGCCAUGUUCGUCCCAUACAACGGCGAGACACAACGUUUCAACGUUUGUGCAUCAGACCAACGCAGACACAGUGCGAAGACGUUUCAACGCCGUAGACGCGAGAAGGCCAUCAGAUCGAAGGAGCGCCGCGAUGCCGAGGAAGCCCUACUCAUAAGAAUUUCGCCGACGGAGUCUUCGCAGAUAGCCAGCACCUCACCGGGCUCAAGUGAAUUGCUCUCCACGACGGAUGACGGAAAUAAUGAUGAUGACGCCGACGACAAACGUGACCAGGAUACUACUGCAACUCCAGAACAUACGCCACCUAUUUCCCCCAGCACGACAAACCCUUCCACGACCGAGGACACGUCUGACCAUGGCAAUUACCAACCUCGGCAGGAAGAUCAUGAUCUAUCGGUCGCGCAAUCCAUCACGCACAAAUUGAGAGCGAUAUCUCGGAGUGACAUGACCUUUGGAGGGUUUCGAGUAGAUCCAUUCAGAUCCUACCCCAUCAAGUGGCGCGAAUACUUCCCUGCAGUAACCGACUUUUGCAGGGUUGUUGUCGCUCCACGGCCAAACUACUUUCAGUUUGUGCUGAAUAACGACGUCUUAUUCGAAGCUCUAGUGGCCUACGGCUUAUGUGUUAUGCCCACCACGACGCCUCAGACUCAGAUGGCCAUGAUGUACCACUAUGGAAGCACCAUGUCUAGGGUGAGCCAUGUUCUCUCGUCGAGCUCGGAGCGGGCGGCCAGCGACGCUGUCAUUCUGGCCAUAUGUAACCUUGCUGUUAUUUGCGCUUAUCGUGGCGACGACCAACACUUUGAGACGCAUCUGAAGGGUAUCCGCCAGCUCAUCGAUUUGCGAGGUGGGGAAAACGCCUUCGAAGCGGAGGACUCCUGGGUCAAAACGGCAUUGAUAGCUAUCGAGGCACUCGCUCUCGUUCGACCGCGCGAACGUACCAGAGCAAUACCGGCCGAAACUUCCGAAGUUGAAGUUGAACCGAAUCCAACCACACUGCAUAUCAGCUCCAGAGCACCAGUCUAUCCGAAACACCCCUUCCCACCUGACCUCUGUGUCACCAUCUCGAGGCUACAAGAAGGCUUCCGAGAAGUGGCCUUGACUGGUCAGAUUUCAAUCCAGUUGGUGAAUAGGCUAGAGAUUACUCGAAGCCAGGUGGUGCACCUGAUGGCCACGGCGGCAGAUGACGAGCGAGAUAAAGACUGGCAGGUCUUGAUGCGCGAGUCGAGCCCGCUCGAACGGAUGGGAUGGUUUGCAGUCAUGGUUUUCCAUCUUCGCAGUUCGACACAUUUCGACAACUGUAGGAGCCUGGCCAAGGCGGUCUUGGAAUGUGCCCAGCAAGGCUACAGUACCGUCGCUGAAAACGAAUGGAUCCUUUGGGGUGCGUGCCUGCUCAUUGCGACACCUGAUCCCGAAAAAGAGCUGAUCCCGCAACGGGAUGCCAUCAUUACAUUGCUGAAGCAAAGGAAAGCACUGCUUUCGUACUCACGAAUGAAUGCCAUUGCCAACAAGUUCUUGUGGAGCGAAGGUCUCAGUGGCAGUUUGAGGACAAUUGUCGCACACAGACUGUCUAGCUAA